UUGGCCUCGCUCGUCUCUCGUGGUGGAAGCGAGCGACGCCAAAAGAAGAAAAGAGACCCAAGCCUCACAAAAAAGAAAAAAAGCAGCAGAAAAAAAAUUAAGAGAGAGAGUAGACUACACGAUAGCGUCCGUCGAGCCGGAGGCGAGGCGAGGCAGCGGCGGCGGCGGCGAAGAUGAGGAAGAAGCUCGGCACCCGGUUCCCCGCGGCUCGGAUCAAAAAGAUAAUGCAAGCAGAUGAGGACGUUGGCAAGAUUGCACUAGCAGUGCCUGUUUUAGUUUCAAGGGCUCUUGAAUUGUUUUUGCAAGAUUUAAUUGACAGGACGUAUGAAAUUACUCUUCAAAGUGGUGCAAAGACUCUGAAUUCCUUCCACCUGAAGCAAUGUGUGAAGAGGUACAGUUCUUUUGAUUUCCUAACAGAAGUUGUCAACAAGGUACCAGACCUUGGUGGUGCAGACUCUUGUGGGGAUGAAAGAGGGUUACCUAGAAGAAGAAAGUCAAAUGGCAGUGACCCAGAGAAUGAUGAAUCAAGAUCCAGCAAAAUGGCCAUAAGAAGCGUGAACAUCAGCCCUAGAGGACGUGGGAGAGGUCGAGGAAGGGGGCGAGGACGGCCGCCAACCAAGAGAAAGGAAGUUGGUUAUGUACAAUUUGAGGAUGAGAGCAGCAUGUUUGCUGAACAAGGUGAACCUUUACCAGGAGAGGAAACAGUUCCAGAGAGCAACCAUAACAACGAGAACAUACCCCCAAGCGCACAACCUCCACAAGAGGCUCCCCUGCCAGCAGCUGUGCCAGGCACAAGUUCUAAGGUGGAAGAAGCAAACACCGACCAUCAGUCAGAUUGGCCAAUGCCAGAUGCUGCCAUUGGAAGCAUCGGCGUCGGGCCAUCUGGUUUUGGACAUCUGACGGUGCAGGUUGAUGAGGAUGAGGACUACGACAACGAGGAUUAGUCAUGGUCGUCCUCUCAUUGUAUGCACUAACAGGACUGUUCUGGUGUUGUAAAAUGUAAAUAUAGUUUGAAAGUAGUUGCCGCAGCUUAGCUGUGAUGGGCUGCUGACGCGAUGCAGUUAUGUAGUUGUCCUGUGUAACUUUUGUUUCCCAAUAAUUGCUUGGUAGUUGCCUCUUAUUUUACAUGAUUGAAUAUUUAAGUGUUUUGUCAUAUUUAACUCGGUAUUUCAGCAGGGAUUGACUUUUUAUA